AUUCCAUAGUUGUGCAUACAAGGCUAGUGAUUUGAUUACUUCUCUUUGAGACUCUUAGGGGUACCUGUUUUUAUUUGGGUUUUAUUACUUGAAUUUUCUAUUCUGAAUUCUCAUACAGGUGCUGUCUAAAGCCUUUCUAAUACAAAUUUUGAUUGCAAGGGUGUUUGAUGCAGAGGCAACUCCCCAGCUGAAGUUCAGACAGAUAGCAGUCACAUAAUUGGUGCCAGAGAGUGGGCUGCUGGAGUCCUGACCAGUUCCAUCACCACUCACUUUGAAGCUCAUCCAUUUGCCACAGACAUUUGUAUCUGUCCCAAGACGAUGGGCAGGCAGCAGUUCUUGGAAGUUGCAGCACGGCAGCUGGCGGACACUUGCCCUGCCCAAGCACAGUUUUUACUGUGGACACUCAACAACAUAGAAGACAAAACCCAAGAUUCUUUGAACCGAGUGUGUCAUUACUGUUUCCAGUUUCUCCUUCCAGGUAAUGUUAGGGUACGUCUAAUGCCUAAAAUGAGGGUGACUCCACAGAUACAAAAACUACUUAAUCGGGAAGCAAAGGGCUACAAACUCAAUUUAAAACAAACAAAGCUUUUGAAGAAGUACAAGGAAGCAAAGAAUGUUCUGCUGGUUACCUGCAAUGCAUGUGGGAAAACAACAAGGCAUUCUGGGAAUAGUAGAGAAGGUUUAGGUAGAAUGGCAUCAGCUGGGAAGUCUUCAAACAAAACUACACCUGCCAGACACCGUCCUUCUGGAUCCAACAGAGGGACACCAAAUUCCAGAACAUCAUCUGGUCAAUCAACACCUCGUUCUUCCUCCAGGACUCAGAGAAACAUCAAAGACCACUUCACACAGCUGAAAAGACUGCUUCAUCUUGAAGAAAAUAAAAAAAGUAAUAAGGGGGACCUCAAAAACUUCUUAUUAUCACUUUAAUUUUUU